UCUAUAUGAAUUGGUAACUUGGUAGUAAAUAAUCAUUUUAUAAUUUUUGUUAGACAAUGACUCUCGGCUAUAUCGGUAAUUUUGUUCUACAAUGGUUUCUUAUCAAGAUCGUAACCGGUCAAAUGCCAGCCACAAAAUACAUCCAAAUGGGAAACAUGGGACCCGUCCGUCCAACCGUCCCUAACAUACCCAAUGUACCAAUGCCAUACUCCACCAACCCUAUUUCUACCCUCAUCAACAACUACUUACCAAAUCUACCUUACUCGAACUUACCUAUCCCUUUUAAUUUACCUAACGUACCUUCCCCUAUGAUGCCAAUGUCUCCAUCACAAAUGAAUAUACCUGUGCCACUACCAUUUUCAAACACACCCCCAGUAAUGCCUGUCUCUUCAGUAAAUUCUCUAUCAUUACCUCCAAAUUUAAAACCUUCAUCUCCAACGAACUUCAUAGAUCCAACAGUAAUGAACAAUUUAGCUAUAGCUUUACACCUAUUAAUACUAAAUAAUUUAUUACAUCCAGAGCAAGAAUCAUCAAAAACAAGUCCUGUAGAAUCUCAAACUCCUGCAAGUCCUGUGUAUACUCAAAAUCCUCCCAAAGAAACUACUGCAACUGUCAGUCCAUACCCACAGAGUUAUUACCAAGAACCCCAAGAGACACCACCAAUACCACCAUAUGCUCCUCCUAACUCUAAAUUCCUAAGUUCCUCAGGCUUCGUUGAGCCUUCAUUACCUUCUUUAAUCUCCCCUAUGCCAUCUUCGCCUAGGACCCACCAUUCCCUAAUGUCCCCCUACGAAGUAAUAGCAACCGGACCCCCAGGGAAAGAUGUAUUCGCGCAAUAUGGUCCGCAGAAUUAUAAAGCAGAUUUUCAAUCGCCGUACAACUCUUUGACUAAUGAUAAUACUAGUAAGGAUCUGUUUAGUAUGUUUUAAGUUUGUUUAUUUAUUUUAUGUUUAGUAAAUUAUUAUGAAAA